CUUCUGGCCGUGGGGCGUUCAGCUCCACCCGUCAACUGAUAACAGAAACAAAAAACCCCAAAAUCUAAAACCCUAGCCAAAAUCAAAAUACCAACAUGAGACGAUCUCUGCUCGUCAAUAUCUCUCGUUACACUCGCAAUCUUCUUCACUCGUCUUCCAAUGUCGGCACCAGACUCCAUAAUCCUUCACUUCCCAGUUCUACUCGGUCUGUUCUUAGGCUUUUCUCCUCUGGUGAAAACCCGACGACACCGUCCCCUGAAUCAGCGCUGCUAGCUCAAAUCAAGAAGAAGGAUGAUUCUGUCCAGGCUAAGGAUGUCGGUAACAAAGAGCUGAAAGAGCUUAUGGAUAAAUACUUUAAGGGAGACGAGGAGGUGCUACCUUCAAUUAUGGAAGCAAUUUUACACCGCAGGUUGUCAAGGAAGCAUGAUGAGACAGAUGAUGAGUUGAUGGAAGAACUUCGUAUGAAGCCACUGGAUGAUGUGAAGGACAAAGAGUUUGAAUCAGAUUUUGAGGAGCUGUAUGAGACGGAUGAGGAGAUCGACGAUUUGUACAAUGCCAAGGAAAUAGUGAUGAAGAAAAUGGUGAAGGAUGAGUACUUCAACAUGGAUGACAAGAAAUGGGAUGAGAUGGUUACGGAGGCAAUGCAACAUGGGUUUUUAAAGAACACAAGGGAAUGUGAGCAAAUUCUGGAGGAUAUGCUUAGGUGGGAUAAGCUUCUUCCAGAUGACAUCAAGGAAAAGGUGGAAAAGAGGUUCAAUGAGCUAGGGGAUAUGUGUGAAAGAGGUGAGCUUGAACCUGAGGAAGCCUAUAAGCUGUUCAAGCAAUUUGAGGAUGAGAUAGUCAUGGAAUAUGAAAAGAGAACGGAAACUGACGGGUCCCAGCAAUUUGAUGAGGCUAUGGUGCCAGAUAAGCAAGAAGACUUGGAUGAUGUGUCAAAUGAGGGGCCAAUUCUUAGGUGGCAAACACGGGUAGUCUUGGCUCCUGGAGGUGAUGCCUGGCAUCCCAAAAACAGGAAGGUGAAAAUGGCGGUUACUGUCAAAGAGCUUGGUCUUUCAAAACAUCAAUUUAGACGGUUGAGGGAACUGGUCGGAAAACGAUACCAUCCAGGGAAAGAUGAACUUACAAUCACAAGUGAGAGGUUUGAACAUCGGGAGGAAAACAGAAAAGAUUGCCUUAGGACUCUCUUUUCACUUAUUGAGGAAGCUGGGAAAGCUAACAAGUUGGCAGAGGAUGCUCGAGCUUCAUAUGUGAAGCAAAGACUUCGAGCUAAUCCGGCUUUUAUGGAGAGGUUGCAGGCAAAGAUAAGGAAACAAUCAUCCAACGCCAUCUCUGCAUGAGAAAUAGGGACUUCCUGAUUUUGUUGUUGGUAUUUUACAUUAUUGCCCCCUUAUAAAAAAAUUUUGGGGCAAAACUAGUAGAAUGCACUCAAUACAUUUUUGCAUGCCUUUCUUUCUCGAA